CAACGAGCAUCGCAAGUUUAUUCAGUUUUCCAUGCAAGUAAACAAGAUUCCAGAGAGAAAAACAUCUUUUACACGAGAAAUCAUACUCGACAGAUACUUAUUUUCAUUUUCUAUUUUUUGUUUUUUCGCUUUUUCGUUUUCCCGUGUACGGACCACGUUCAAGACUGCAAGAGACCACACAUCAAAAUGGCAACUUCGUCGGUUUCUUUUGGGCGGCUGCCAGCUGCUUUUCCCUCCGUGUCCGUGUUGCUCUGCGGGGGUCGUGCAGCUUCUCGAGCUGCAGUGCCAGCUUCUGUGAGAAAUCAAGUCGGGGCGCACGACCAGCCCUCCAACCGUGUCGCUUUACCAGCACAAGAACCUUCCUCUGCUGGCGGGGACUACAGCUUCAGUAGCUCGUCUAGCAUCGGGAGACCAUUGUAUGGACCCGCUCCGAAAAACAAAGCCGCUUCUACCCGCCUCGAAAGGCCGAACCUCCUCAGGCCGUCGAUAGUAACCCUGCAAGCAAUCACCAACCUGCGUUCUUUUUCCACCGAAACUCCAGACAAGCCGGGAGGUACGAUAAUUCCCGACGCUGUUCCUGCAUCAGGAGAACCAGCAGCCGGGAGUUGUAAUAAUCCAGAACUGAAGCAGAAGAUCCUCGAUCUGAUCAAGGGGAGCAAAUAUGCAUUGCAAACAUGUCUGGGUCCUCUGCAAGAAAUGGGAGUUGUCAUGCGAUUUCUGGAAUAGGCAAAAAAUUUGUAUUGCAUAAGCACCAGGAGCUUCCUAUUUCUUGCUACGCAAAAAAGGAAUUUCUCAUGCGGGAUAGACGUCAGGAGGUCUGCGCAAAAUCUGUAAUGCUUUUGCGUGCGUCAGGGACCAGUUGCGUGACCCAGAAGAUGCAUGACAAACUCCUGCAAUCUUUCAGACCCAGACAUAUUUGCAUUUGAAAGCAAAGCCGUGCUUUUCAUGAAGGGCAACCCGGAAGAACCCCUGUGUGGCUUCUCUGCCCAAGUGAUCAAACUUUUCGAUUUGGAGGAAUUCGAGGACUACAUAUUCGUCGACGUUCUAAAAUCGGAGGACGUUCGCGAGAUCAUCAAGGAAGUAAGCGACUGGCCGACCAUACCGCAGUUAUUCGUCAACGGCGAGUUUGUGGGCGGGGCGCAGAUAUUGCUGGAAAUGCAUGCGGCGGGAGAACUGAAAGAGUUACUACAAAAGGUUUCCGAGAACUGAAAGAAUUCCUACAAAGGUGUCGGAUAAAGGUGACGAAAAACUGUGAUGGUCUCUGUCAGUGAGGCGAAGUUUGUCUGUCGACUGCAAGAUUAGCAAAAGCUGUCUAUUGUUGCCCUCUCGCAGAUGAACCUGUCAUGCUUGCUCGGCCCUGCAUUACGCAUCUUCUGGGGCAUCCGGAAGCUGCAUGGCAAGCUUCUACAGUCUUCCAGACCUUCCAGACAUGUGUAAGUAUUGCAGUCGAUAUUAAAAACGACCAGGCCGCGAAAAGAAGACGAAAAUCAUAGAUAAGAAUCGUAUGAAUUCUGAAACUCAACUUGGGAAUAAAUCGUCGAAAUUAUACAACUGAGAUGAAAAGCUUCCUGGCUCGGUUCGAAAUCCUCGCUCGGAGAGUUGAGUAAUAUAAUUAGCC